CAAAGCGUUCAUUUUCUGCAUGCUUGCGUUCUCCCGCGGUCUGCAUUUUCAAAGCUCACACCUCGCUGCCGGUAUCAGCCAAUCAGAUCCUGCCAUGUUGGGACAGUUCAACCAAUCACUGUCCACAGCGAGGAGGCAAACUUGGUUGACUGUCGGCUGUGAAUUGCGUGUCGCGAUGGAGGUGGUGAACAAUAGAGCAGCGGGCUGUUUCCGGGAGGCGCGAGCAUUCCAAACGAAGAACUUUCUGGCGGCGGCUGCUCUUCUUCUUGUACAUACCGAUAGUCAAGCCCACAGCCCACUGUUGCUUUAAACAGCCUUUUCAGUCCACACUGACUUGGUAGCUACCAAUAUAGAGACGUGGUUUUGUGUCAUGUGAGAACAGACGACAGCGCUUGAGCACAUCUUUACAGAGAGAUGAUCAAACUGCCAGCGUCCUGUUGUCAAAUGAUUUGCAUACGGACUUCCGCCCCCUGAAUUUAGUUUCUGCAUCAACUAGCAAAGGCAGUGGGCAGACCUGAGCCCUCAUGUCAGGCGUAGUCAUGACAUUUAAACUCUGUUAAUAUUUGGACAUGAACGGCGGACGUGUAUAUCUGGGAUUGUCCAGGGGGAUUUGGAUUAAACCGCACAUUGGGAUCUGACACUUUCAUUCUCAGAGGCGGUUCACGUUCACUAUGCUGGAUAUCUGCCGACUGUUUGUGGAUGUACCGUGACGGUUUUCUUUUUUCUUCCAGUGUAAAAUUGGGAUAUGGCACUUUAAAACGCAUUAGACUCUGUUGGGAAUUUUCUAGCUGGAAAUGUGGUUUUUUUCAUCUCCUUGCGGGCGUUGAUUUAACAACAGGGAAUUCCUCGUCAGUUUGCACUUGUCUCUUUGGAUCUUAAAGUAGGUUUCAGGCUCACGCGAUACGGCCAAAUUUAAUGUCUAAAUGUGUCAAACGUGUCAUUAGAAACGCCGGAAGAGUUGACCAUCUCUUUUGGAUGGAGUUUCAGUCUUGACGUCUUGGAGAGCGUGGAUGCAUAUACAGCCGUGGUUGGAUCUCCCUGUUUGUUUCGGGAAUUUUAACUGGGUGCUUUUUAUCUAACUACUGUUCAAAUCAGACGCUGAAAUCUUUCUCGUGUAUUUUGACAAGCCACUCGGCUUAAUCCCCGAGUGAAACAUACUGUGAUAUCUGUCUAUUUAUUUGUGCUUCGUUAAAGCCAGUUGACAGCUUUUGCACACUAUGGCUUUCUUGUCCGGUGCAGCGGUUCUGUUGCUACGUGGACUCGUCAUCUCUGCGGUGUUGGUCUUAGAGAGUUCAUACACGAGUAAUCUGUCGAACCGAGUCACUCCGGAUUCAGCAGCAGCUGUUGCUCCUACAGAUCCGUGUUUGACAGUCAUCCCUCCAUGUGUGAACGAAGCCGACCGCUUCAGUUUAGAGGCACUGCGGCACAUUCACAAGCAGCUAGAUGAUGACAACGAUGGAGGGAUUGAAGUCAAUGAGAGCGUGGAGUUUAUUAUAGAGGACAUGAAGCAGCACCAGACCAAUAAACACAGCAAUCUUCACAGAGAGGACCAGCACAUCACAGUGGAAGAGCUGUGGAAGGGAUGGAAGAUGUCAGAAGUGCAUAACUGGACAUUGGAGGAUGCAGUCCAGUGGCUGAAAGAGUCAGUGGAGCUUCCUCAGUACGAAAGAAACUUCAGAGAGUUUAAAGUAGACGGCAACACGCUACCUCGAAUAGCGGCCAAUGAACCGUCAUUUAUUUCAAUGCAGCUAAAGAUAUUAGACCAACGACAUAAACAGAAAUUAAAUCUAAAAGCAUUAGAUGCAGUCCUUUUUGGGCCUCCACAACGUCCACACCAUAACUGGGUGAAAGACUUUAUUUUGAUGAUCUCCAUCAUCAUUGGUGUUGGGGGCUGCUGGUUUGCAUACAUACAGAACAAGUCGUCUAAAAUUCACGUCUCUCAGAUGAUGAAAGACCUGGAGAGUCUGCAGCAUGCUGAACUGAGCCUGAUAGAGCUACAGAGCCGGUUGGAAAAGGCUCAGGAGGAGAACCGGACAGUGGCAGUGGAGAAGCAGAACCUGGAGCAGAAGAUGCGUGAUGAGAUCUGUGGAGCUAAGAAAGAAGCCAGCAGACUGCGAGAGCUGCGAGAGGGGGCUGAAUGUGAACUCAGCAGACUCAAAUACGCAGAGGAGGAGCUAGUGCAGGUGCGAAUGGCUCUAAAGAGAGCAGAGAAGGAGAUGCAGUCUGAGUGGUCGGUGCCUGAAGCCUUGCAGAUGUGGCUACAGCUCACACAUGAAGUGGAAGUACAGUACUACAACAUCAAAAAACAGCACGCCGAGCUGCAGCUCUCGGUUGCAAAGGACGAGGCAGAAAAAAUCAAAAAGAAGAGGAACUCUGUGUUUGGCACCCUCCAUGUUGCUCACAGCUCAUCGCUGGAUGAAGUAGACCGCAAAAUACUUGAGGCUAAAAAAUCACUGUCAGAGGUCACAGCAUGUUUGCGGGAACGUCUUCACCGCUGGCAGCAGAUAGAGAAGCUGUGUGGCUUUCCAUUGGUAAAUAACUCUGGGCUGCCCAGCCUCACUGCAUCUCUGUAUGCCGACCACAGUUGGGUGGUCAUGCCACGGAUGUCUGUGCCACCCUAUCCAAUCGCUGGAGGGGUGGAUGAUCUUGACGAGGAUACACCACCUAUCAUUCCACAGUUUACCUCUCCGUUGAUUCGACCUGCUCUGACUCGAAACAGCAGUGUUUGUCGUUCUCGCAGAAGUCUUCUAUCUCAGCCCUCGUCCCUCUCAGCUGACCCUGACCUUUUAUCCAUGGCCUCUGCCCACUUAGCCUACAGACCUGAAGGAGACGAUGAACACAUCUUCUUUAAUGUAGAAAGGAAGGGGGAAACUCAGGACUCUUGCUCAGACUCUGACUCUCUCGGUUCCUCUUUGGGCAGGAAGCAGUUCUCCACUCCCUGUGCUCAAAGCACCUGUGUUACAGGCACGGACACCCCGCCACGCAAAAUCUCACGAGAGGAACUUCUCCUCUUCGCGCAAGAGGCCCAGGCUGUCGCUGUGGAGAGCUUAACAUAUUCCAAAUCCUCCUCUUCAUCUCCUCUUGACUCCUCCUCUGUUCACAAGGGGUCUCCUGACCUCACCCACUCCUCCGUCCUCCCAGAGUCCCAAAGUUUGACUUUUCACCCUGGCACCAAAGCUGUGGCCUACAAUGGCAUCCUGGAAAAGUCAUACAGCUUGGGGCAGCUGCCAGCUGUUGGGACGCCUCCAGAUGGGCAGUAUCCCUCAAUUAGCUCACUCGACACAGAAGGCAAAGCUAUCAAGGAGCCCAAGCAACUCCAAUCCACUUCAUCCCCGGACUCCUGCGAUAAUGGGGAGAAAAAACGCUCCAAGAUCAAGAGCUUGUUUAAGAAAAGCAAAAAGUUGUGAGGAACAGUAGAGGAUGAAGUGGAUGGAAAAAGUAGCCUUAAAACAAAACAAUGAAAAAAAUGAUUGAUGCUUUCAACCAGGAGCCAAAACCUUUUUUUUUUAGUUUCUCCUUCUUUCUUUUUAUUUUUUAUUUUAUUUUAUUAUUUAAAUGGAAUGUAGCCCCAUCUAGGCACAAUCCUGGGUUGGAAGCCUUUUUACAGAAUGGUAAUUGUUUUUUAACCAUCAUACGUAUGCCUUUAAAGUCCAGAACAUGUCAUGUCAGGUUUCUGCAUAACACGAGUCAUGACCUAUUUGUUGUCUUUAUUUGGGUGGAAUCUCUGUUUUCAUAGAGUGCACCAUUAUGAUGUCAUUAGGAAGUAGGGGAGACCGGGACUAGUUGUCACAGUUUUUACUCCAGUGAAUAUUUCUCAGGGUAGGUUUGAACAGCUAUUGAAUAUUUACACAGUUAUUGCCCAGAAAAAAUAUACAGUUCAUUGAAUGAACACUGACCUUUUGUGACCUCCCCAUAUGCCACUUCUUAAUAGGGUAAGUGUUUCAAUGGAAGCUGCCAUUAAAAAGGCUUUUCAGCUCAAUUUAAGCAGCAAAACAAUUAUGAAACACAAAUCAAAUAACGAAACAGCAAAAAUUAAAAAGGUAACUAAAAUAUCAAAACAUUGUUUUGGCCAACAGAUGUUGUAUCUAAUAAAUUAGAUAAAUUAAUGUCAUUUAAAAUAUGUGACAACUUGCCCCAAGAAAAUGUGACAACUUGCCCCAACCUGAUAUUUAUGAAAAAUGCCUUUAUCCUGAGAACACAAUUCAACCUUUCGGUUACAAUCUACCUUCAUUAUAUAGUUGACCCUUGCCUGGAUGUACAGUAUGCCAGUGGGGUUUUACCCAACAGCUAUAGCAAAAAUAUGAUGAUUUUGGGAUUUUAGUUUGAAAAUGAUUUAAUUUUAAUUUGAGUAUUUUGAACUGUUAAAAAAAUAAAAAAAAAAUUAAAAAAAAACCCCAGAGAAAACACGCAUUUGUGUAAUUGGACUUUUGACUCAAAACCUUAUACAGUGCUGUGAAAAAGUAUUUGCCCCCUUCCUGAUUUCUUCUAUUUUUUUUUUUACACUAAAUUGUUUUAGAUCUUCAAACGAUAUAUAACAUAAAACAAAGGCAACCUGAGUAAACAGAAAAUACAGUUUUCAAAUAUAUAUAUAUAUAUAUAUAUAUAUAUAUUUUUUUUUUUAUUGAAGCAAAAAAGUUAUCCAACACCAAUAACACAUGUGAAAAACGAACUGCCCACUUAAACUUAAUAGCUGGUUGUGCCACCUUUAGCAGCAACAACUGCAACCAAAUGCUUCCGAUAACUGGAGAUCAGUCUUUCACAACGCUUUGGUGGAAUUUUGGCCCACUCAUCUUUGGAGUACUGCUUUAGUUCAGCCACAUUGGAGGGUUUUCGAGCAUGAACUGACUGUUUAAGGUCCUUCCACAGCAUCUCAAUCUGGUUCAAGUUAGGACCACUCUAAAACUUUAAUUUGCCUCUUUUGAGCCAUUCAGAGGUGGACUUACUCCUAUGCUUUGGAUCAUUGUCUUGCUGCAUAAUCCAGUUGCGCUUGAGCUUCAGCUCACGGACUAAUGACUGGAUGUUCUCUUUUAGGAUUUUCUGGUAGAGAGCUGAAUUCUUGUUUCCCUCAAUUAUUGCAAGUCGCCCUGGCCUGAAGCAGCAAAGCAUCCCCACACCAUAACACUACCACCACCAUGCUUGACCGUAGGUAUGAUGUUCUUUUUGUGGAAUUCUGUGUCUGAUUUAUGCCAGAUGUAACAGGACCCCUGUCUUCUAAACAGUCCACUUUCGACUCAUCAGUUCACAGAACAUUCUUCCAAAAGCUUUGAGGAUCAUCAAAGCGUGUUUUGGCAAAAUUCAGAUGAGCCUAAAUGUUCUUCUGGGUUAGCAGUAGUUUUCGCCUCACCACUCUUCCAUAGAUGCCAUUUCUGACCAGUGUCUUUCUGAUAGUGGAGUCAUAAACAGUGAACUUUAUUGAUGCGAGAGAGGCCUGCAGCUUCUUGGAUGUUGUCCUUGGCUUUUUUGUGACUUCCUGGAUGAGUCAUCGCUGUGCUCUUGGAGGAAUUUUGGAAGGUCGGCCACUUCUGGGAAGGUUCACUACUGUGCCAAGUUUUCUCCAUUUGGAGAUAAUGGCUUUCACUGGGGUUCUUUGGAGUCCCAGAGCCUUUGAAAUAGCUUUGUAACCCUUCCCAGACUGACAUAUUUCAAUCACCUUUUUCCUCAUAAUUUCUGUAAUUUCUUUUGAGCUUUGUGUAGUGUGCUAUUGGGUGAUACGUUUUAGCCAACUUCAUGCUGCUAAAAAAGUUCUAUUUAGGUGUUGAUUUGAUGGAACAGGGCUGGCAGUAAUCAGGCCUGGGUGUGUCUAGUCCAGCUGAACCCCAUUAUGCAUACAGUUUCAUAGAUUUGGGGAUUUAGUAACUAAGGGGGCAAAUACUUUUUCACACAGGCCCAGUUGGUAUUGGAUACAUUUUUUGCUUCAAGCAAUAACAUUAUCAUUUAAAAACUGUAUUUUGUGUUUACUCAGAUUGCCUUUGUUUUAUGUUAGAGUUUGUUUGAAUUUUUGAAGCAAUUUAGUAUGAGAUAUACACAAAAACAGAAGAAUUUAAUACUAAUUGAAAUAUUUUUUCACAGCACUGUAGUUAGUGACUUAUAGAGAUAUAGUGACAACUAGCCCCGGUCUCCACUAUAGCAAAACUGGGAAUAAUAAAUACCCCAAUGCUUUUCAAAUCUAAAAAUUCAUAAAAAAUAAAUAAAAAAUAGGCUUCCUGGAAAUUUGUCUUAACUUUUAACAAUAAAGUCGCAAUAGUUUAAACGGCAGCUGGUUGUUGUUUAAGAUAUCUCUGCCUUUGACGUCAUCACAAGUGUAGUGUUUAAUAUGUAAUUAAUUAGAGGUCCACAUUGAGGUUGCCCUAUAGUGUGAAAACCAUUCAAAAUCCCUUUCUUUAGAGGGCCCAGUGUGAAAUGUGGGCUUUCAGCUUGAUGUCACUUUCUGUUUACUGCCACAGAGCUCCUGUACUUGACAAAUUUCCUAUAUAUGAUGGUAACACUUAACAUAAAGCAGCAUGUCAGAACGCCUACAUUGUGAAAUAAUGAUCUCAAGUUAAUGCUUCAUUAGUUAAUAAAUUAAAAUUAUUACUUUUCAUUCUGAAAAGACCUACAGGUGUUAAAGGAAUAGUUUACCCAAAAAUGAAAAUUCUAUUAUCAUUUAAUCUGACUUUCUUUCUUCUGCUUAACUAGGGUUGCCACUCGACCAGGAUUUUCCAGUAUCAUCGCGGUUUUUGUCCAUGUGUCCUAUAGAAAUGUAAUUCCGUUCCGGGAUGCAAAAUGCCCUGAAAUUCUAAUAUUUUCCCAAUGCAUUCACACAUUUGAACUCUUGUUUAUGAGCACACUUUGCAAGGAGGAGAAUCAAACGCAUUCUUAUAUGAAUCAUAAGAAGGUCUGAUUCAUUUCAGUGAACCGGUUUGUACAGAUGAGAUUUUUCACUUUUGUGUGAACAAUCCUUUAAACUUUAAUCUACUUACUAUAAUGAUUUAAUGUUCUUGAAAACAUGUCCAAAAAAAGGAAAGUCCUUCCUUUACUGUAAGAUCUCUUAGGUUCAUAAUGCCCAAUACUAAAAUAAAUAAAUAAACAAAUACGGAUUUCAGUUUCAUAACAAAUUCCCAUCAAAUAGGAUUUUGUGAUUUUUAAUUAAAUUAGUAAAACUUAAAAUAUCUAAGAUUUAUUUACAUCGUUUUAAUAAAUUUAGUAAAUUCAAUUUAAUGGAAAUUUUUGUGAAAUUGAAACACGUAAAUCUUGAAAAUGUUUAUGUAUAUUUAUUUAAUUUCCUUUGGGGUUUUUUGUUGUUGUUUUUGUUUUUUUUACUUUAUGCAUAACAUACUUUAUACAUACAUAUUUAUACAUUUUAAACAUUUAUAUGUUCAGUUUGAACCAUUAACUCAAGAAAACUGCUUAGGGCCAUAAUAAGUAAAUAAUAUGUUAAACCUUUAAACACACACACAAAUACACUAAACAUUUUUUUUUUUUUUUUUCACAUUUCAAAUUCAUAACAAAAUUUCAUCAAAUUGAAUUAUCUAACAAAAUACAAUACAUAAAAAAACUAAAUAUUUUAAGUUUUAUGUAAUUUUGUUAAAAAAUACACAAUUUUGAUGGAAUUUUGUUAUGAAAUUGAAAUGUAUAUCUUAAAAAUAGACUAUUUUUUUUGAGUGUAUUGAUGUUGUUUGAUUUAAAUAUUUGCUAUAUAUGCAGUAAUUUCCAUAUCAAACAAGUAGCCUAAAUAAUAUAUUUUAUUUCUUUUGUGAUGGCUAGCAAUAAGUUUUUCUGUCAUUGAUCAGGUGUCCAGGAAUUUUACAGGGUCAAGAGGGCAACCCUAUGUGAAACACAAAAGGACAUGUUGGGUAGAAUGUUAGUUUUAGUCACCAUUCACUUUCAUUGUAUGAAAAAAAAAAUGUGUGUGUAUAUAUAUAUAUAUAUAUAUAUAAACAU